CUUCAAAUCCCCCCCCCCUUCCUCUCGAAUCGGAAUCGAUCGCCUCACUCUCUGCCCUCUCUUCUCCUUGCUCCUUCCGACCUCCCCGAUCCCAUGGCCUCCACCAGGCCGUCCUCCCAUCGCUACGCCUCCGUCGACUCUCGCUCCUCCUCCGACCCUCCCUCCCCUUCCUCCGACCGCAGGAACCCUACCAAGAACCUCUCCUCCCUGCGACGCCUCGUCACUAAGUCCAGCGGCCGUCAAGCUGCCUCCGAACCCGUCGCCGCCGCCCCCGCGGUGAACAACUCCUCCCGGGCCCUCGUCGAUCCGCGGGAUGCCAAGACCGGGCAUAACUUCGGGAGCAUGGUGAGGAAGCUCAUGGAGAAGCGGUCCAAUCCGAAGCCGGGAUCGGCGAGUCGCGCUGCUUUGGUCGUGCCAUCUGAUCCGAUAGCGGAGGACCUGAAGAAGGGCGCCAAGGGGUCGCAUUUCUCGGCCUUGUCGAGGAAACUGUUCCAGAAGGGCGGAACGGCAGAGCGGACGACGGUGAAGGCGCUGAUGGAGACCAAAACGAACGCUCGGACGCUGGCGAUGGUGCUUCGUAGCGAGAGGGAGCUUCUCACUCAAAAUAAGGAGUACGAGGCAGAGAUUUCAGAGCUGCGGUUGCUGAUCGAGGAGAAGAAUCAAAAAAUUGAAAAAUUGAAGGAUCUAUGUCUGAAGCAGAGAGAGGAGAUAAAAGCACUGAAGGAUGCCAUACUAUUUCCGGAUGUUAUGAAUUCACAGCUGCAGGAGCUGCUGGAGAAGCAAGGCUUUGAACUGAAACAGGCAAAUCAAGUCAUCCCAACCCUCCAAAAGCAGGUCACUUCUCUCACUGGACAGCUCCAGUGCCUUGCAGAGGAUCUUGCUGAGGUAAAAGCGGAUAAAUAUUCUGCUAUGUCAUUCCUUGACGGACAUAUCAGCUCUCCAACAACACCGGUUCUCGAUCAGGAGGCUGCUAAUCCUUUGGAAUAUAGCUCCGGAGAUCCUUUGGCUUCUGAAUGCGGUAGUCCGGAUGAAAUGUUUCUCAAGGAUUUAAAUCCUUGUUUGACUCCAUGCUUCUCAAAAACCAAGUCCCAGGAAAACAAUGAAUUGGUUUAUGGCUCGCCAAACCAAGACAGAUUAUUUCAACUUAAACCACGAUCGAGCCCGAGUAUGUUAUGUGGUUCGCAUGGUGGAAAAUUGUCGAGGAGUUCAGAACAUCGUCACAGGCCCAGCUUAGGCAGCAACACUGCACAAAAGGUUUACAAGUCAGAUGAGAACAAGCAUCCCACUGUUAAACCAAGAUACCAAACUCAUCUCUGAAUUGGAUGGUUAUCUCCCACUCUCUUGGGUAAUUUUUCUCAGGACUUGUACUUAUGAGUUUGAUGCAAUGCUGUUGUACUACUUGUGUAUGUUCGUCUUGACUAUAACUCAAAUUACUGUACUCGUUUUGCUCA